AUUAUCAACAUUAUUGGAAUAUUUUCAUUGAAAUAAUGGUACGAAAUAAUUGUAGAAUUAUUUUACCAAAUAAAUGAUUCCAUACGCCUGAAUGUAUGCAAUCGUAUAUUUUUUAGUUUGUAAGUCAUUAAAUGAUUUUCUGUUAAUGCCGUUGGCGUUGUAAAUAAAAUCUCAAAACAAGCAAUAAAAACAGUGAGAAUAGUAAAUUUUUCUCUUUUCUGUUUUUGCUCUGGUUUUACACACAUAAAUUUACACAAAUAUAAUUGUAUCUUCAAUCUAUAGACAAAAUGAGAAAUUUAGUUACAAAUUACUUUUUUGGUUACAUCUUUGGAAACGUUUCCUACAUAAAAUAAACAAAAAAAUAUUAUAAGUUAUUCUGAAGAUUAAAAAUUAAAAAUUAUACAAAAUAGAGCAAGAAAAAUGGAACUUUUUUUAGAAAUAUUCAAAUUAUUAUUCAAAAAUUAUUUGGAAAUAUUUCAAAUUUUCUAAGAUAUGUUCAUCAAUCUCGUACCACACUGUGUUUUGUUUUGUGUGAUUCUUUUUUUUGCUGCACCUUACCCAUCCCAUCCGCUCGGACGAGGUGCAAAUUCAUUAAUCUCAACAUGAAUGGAAAAGGCUUUGCUAAGUGACGGACCGAUCAGUAAUGACAUUCAAACUUUGCCGCCCUUACCGUCCUAAGUGAUGGGUGCCGCUUGUACCAGCGCAACACAAACUCACAAUGCGUUCUAUGUCCGAUUGGAAGGGACGGAUGGAUGUGUAUUUUUUUUUUUCAUAUCCAUUUUUGGAGAUCUCGCUUUUCCUUUCACGAUCGUCACUAUCGCCUUCUCGCGAUCUUGCGCUAUCAUUCUGUGAUUGUUCUCGUUGGGCUAGUCGGUCUUACUCCUUCUCACCGUUCUACUAGUAACCAGCGCACCUGUGCGUUUCGCUCGCGAAGGUAUUGUGAUUAGUGGACCGCAUUUCGGUGUAAUGUUGCCGAUUUUUUCUUCUUUCUUUAUUUAUUUGACUUCGGGCUUGUUUUUUUGGGGGUGGUCACCGCUCGCCUACCUUACUCGACCUACGGUAAACGGUUUUGCCGUUGGGAGGCAGCAUAAGGCUGUAUAAAUAAAAUUGCCAACGGCAACAUCAAUGAUAGUUUGUCGUUGCUGUUUGGAUAGUGAAGAUUAUCAAUCGGUUCGCUCCGUACAGAUUAGCUUGUUCCGGUGCAUGGUGUGAAACGGUGUCGAAUAAGUAGUUUGUUUGCGUUUUAGUAGUGUUUAGGGACCCAAAAGGAUUAUUCAUUUUCUCAUCGGUUAUCAAACAUUAAGUUUGACGAAUUGUACUCCAAAAUGACUAGCUUCAGCUUUACGUUUGCACUGGUGCUUGUGAUUGUGGCGUGUGGUACUAUGGCUAAACCCCAGAAUCAGUAUGGGCACAAUAGCUACAACAAGAAUACGGGUGUGCGCAACACAUCGGUAGGCCACCGGCUAACUAAUCAGCAUCAGCAGUAUCAGCAGCAACAUCAGCACCAACAGCAGCAACAUCAGCAACAGCAACAACACCAGCAACAGCAUCAGUCGCAGCAACAUUUCGCACACCAGCGUCAGCCGCAAGCUUUACGGGCGCCAUUGUUACCACCACACAAUCCUACUCAGUUCAGUCAACGGUUGCAGCAACCUUUCCCGAAUGCGAUCCGUCCCUUCGUACCGAUCACCUCGUACAGCAAUGAUGUGUCGUACGAUGGCAGCUACUCGUAUGCAUACACGACCGGUGAUGGACAGCAGCAGCAGGCCCAGGGAUACCUGAAGAAUGCCGGCCUAAAGGAUCUCGAAGCCCAAUCCGUCCAGGGUUCGUACUCGUACACGUCACCCGAGGGCCAGCUGAUUACGGUGACCUACAUUGCGGAUGAGAACGGUUUCCGUGCCGAGGGUGCCCAUCUGCCCACACCGCCACCGAUCCCGGAGGCGAUCCAGAAAUCACUCGCCCUGAUUGCCCAGACGCAACCGGUUUCGGCACAGUUUAAUGCCGCCUACAACCAGCCCCGUUUCCACCAGACCGGUUACGUCCCGUCGGCCAGCGGACACAACUACAACCGAUACGGUUAAAUGGACGGUCGGAUUCGAAAUCCAUUGCAACGCAACUUUCCCCCAUUGACUGACCCAAUAUCCUUGGUGCGGCCGUCGAUCGUACUCAGCAUGGACAGACAAUUUUAACGCAUAUUAGAUCACCUUUCAUCAGAACUUGAAUCGACGGAUAUCGUGCACAGGAUGGCCACUGGUAACACAAUUUAGUACAACUAGCUCAGCGAUCUUCAGCUUCAUCGGUGUAUGAUUCUGCAUGAUUACUGCAAAGACUUCUGGAACUAUCUCAUCGUUUUAUAAUCCUGUUUGUACAUAGAUUGUAGACCUGUUGUAUCGAUUGCAAAUAAAGAACAAUGCUUCUUAUAUAGAUGUUGUUUGUGUAUGAUAUUUUCUUAUAAUUUUUGAUCACAUUUUCUAAAACAUGCAAAAUAAUAUAUGGUUCUAAUAUUAUAUAUAGAUAUAUAUAUAGAUAGAUAUAUAUAUCUAUCUAAUAUUCGGCUAUAUUUUAAAUUGUUUAAAAAAAUUCAAAUAGUUUUCAUCUUCUAACUAUUAUAGUCGAGACCAACUUAUUAUAGUCGGCAUUAUCAGUUAAUUUUAUUGUGUAUGUAUCUCCAAAAAUAAUUAUGUUUUUUAUC